CGCCGCCUCCGGAGAUUUAAGCGAGAGCUGGAGUAGGUCCUGUACUUGGAGCGGACAAGGAAGCCGAGAGCCCCGGCGGAGGCGGAGAGGGGCGGGGAGCACAGCAGGUCACCUGGAGGAAGCCACAUACUGACCUCCUCAUGCUGCUGACACAGGCAGGAUGGCAUUGAACUCAGGGUCACCUCCAGGAAUUGGACCUUACUAUGAGAACCACGGGUAUCAGUCUGAGCACGUCUAUUCCCCGAGGCCACCUGUGUCUCCCAAUGGCUGCAACUUGUAUCCAGCCCAGAGCCACCCAUCUCCAGUGCCCCAGUAUGCUCCGAGAGUUACAACUCAAGCCUCAACACCUGCCAUCCACAUACAGCCCAGAUCCUCAGGAACACUGUGCACCUCAAAGUCUAAGAAAUCCAUGUUUGUCGCCCUGGCCCUGGGCACUGUCCUCGCAGGUGCUGCUGUGGCUGCUGGCUUGCUUUGGAAGUUCCGGGACAGCAAGUGCUCUUCAUCAGAGAUGGAGUGUGGGACUUCAGGCACAUGCAUCAGCUCUUCCCUCUGGUGUGACGGAGUGUCACAGUGUCCCAAUGGGGAAGACGAGAACCGGUGUGUUCGCCUCUAUGGAACAAGCUUCACCCUCCAGGUUUACUCAUCUCAGAGGAAAGCCUGGUAUCCCGUCUGCCAGGAUGAUUGGAAUGAGAGCUAUGGGAGAGCAGCAUGUAAAGACAUGGGAUACAAGAACAGCUUUUAUUCUAGCCAAGGGAUACCAGACCAGAGCGGGGCAACGAGCUUUAUGAAGCUGAAUGUGAGCGCAGGCAACAUCGACCUCUAUAAAAAACUCUACCACAGUGACUCGUGCUCAUCCCGCAUGGUGGUUUCAUUGCGCUGUAUAGCAUGCGGGGUUCGCUCAGUGAGACGUCAGAGCAGGAUUGUGGGUGGGUCGACCGCCUCACCAGGAGACUGGCCCUGGCAGGUCAGCCUGCACGUCCAAGGUAUCCAUGUCUGCGGAGGCUCCAUCAUCACCCCCGAGUGGAUUGUGACGGCCGCCCACUGUGUGGAAGAACCCCUCAGCAGCCCGAGGUACUGGACGGCAUUUGCGGGAAUUUUGAAACAGUCUCUCAUGUUCUAUGGAAGUAGACACCAGGUAGAAAGAGUGAUUUCCCAUCCAAAUUACGACUCUAAGACCAAGAAUAAUGACAUUGCUCUCAUGAAGCUGCAGACACCCUUGGCUUUUAAUGAUGUAGUGAAGCCAGUGUGUCUGCCGAACCCAGGCAUGAUGCUGGACCUAGCCCAGGAGUGCUGGAUUUCAGGGUGGGGGGCCACCUAUGAGAAAGGGAAGACCUCGGAUGUGCUGAAUGCUGCCAUGGUACCCUUGAUCGAGCCCUCCAAAUGUAAUAGCAAAUACAUAUACAACAACUUAAUCACACCAGCCAUGAUCUGCGCCGGGUUCCUCCAGGGCUCUGUCGACUCUUGUCAGGGAGACAGUGGAGGGCCCUUGGUUACUUUGAAGAAUGAAAUCUGGUGGCUGAUUGGGGACACGAGCUGGGGCUCGGGCUGUGCCAAGGCAUUCAGACCUGGAGUAUACGGGAACGUGACAGUAUUUACAGACUGGAUCUACCAGCAAAUGAGGGCGAACAGCUAAUCCACGUGGCUUUGUCCCCCGACUUCCUUUGUCUUCAACAACCUUCUGCAAGAAAACCAAGGGGCAGAUUUUCAACUUCCUGUGCACAAUGUACCUUUUGAGAUGAUUCAAAGGGCCUUUCACUUUUAUUAAACAGUGACUUAUCUGACUGUGCUCCCUGGUCCUGUGAGGGCUUCAGUGCCCCCCCCCUCCAGGCCACUUCAGCAGCUCCUACCAGAAAGGAUGACCAGAUCCUGUUGGGUUUGGGCACAUAGGGCCAAAUACAGAAGAAGGUGGCACUCUCAUGUUGAGACUUCUUUUUGGCUUAUGCUCAGGCCUCUUUUGGAUGAGUAAGGACUAUGACCUCUGAGUAGUCCGAUGACCUGAGAAGAGUAGGGAAGCCAGGUAGGGCCUUGGGCCAAGGUACAGGUACAGAGAGAGAGAGAGAGAGAGAGACAGAGAGAGAGAGAGAGAGAGAGAGAGAGAGAGAGAGAGAGAGAGAACACUACCCAUUGCCUGUGGCCUAGCUCUGCUGUGUAGUUUGGGCUGGUCAUACUAUAAUGACUUCAUGAACAACAGCCCGGGAGUAAAGGACUUAUUCUCCUGCAUGUUGACAUGACGGUCGUUUCCAAGGUUGAUGGAACCUUUGCCAGGCUGAGGGCCUAGGCAGGGCCUUCAGAGCAAGAAACUAAUGUCUGCAUGUCCCUUGGGUGAGCUCUAUAUGGUAUCAUUCAGUCUGGUUCUUGGCUCCCCACCGCUAUUUCUCUCAGCCUUUCAUAGCCUGAAACUUACCUCUUUGGUUUGGCUCCAGGUAAGGCCUGGUACUUGAUGGAGCCUGUAUAGCUCAGCUAGUCAUUUGGAGGCUGAGGUCCAUUAGAAUCAGGGACUUGUGAUUCCAGUCACCUUGCUUCUGGGUUGUGUUUAUUCCCUUACUACCUCACUGCACCUGCACACUAGUCUGGAUGAAUGUCUGUAGUUCACCUGCAUUUGGACUGUGUGCUUGUGCCUCAGACAUUAGACCUCUUCCAGAUGGUUAGGUUGUUCUGUAGACUGACGAUGGGAUUAGUAGUCCCAAGUUUUGGACAAAGAUGAAAAACAGGAGCUCAUUGUCUUCUAUCCUUUUCUGGCCCUGGGUUUAUAUCAGGAAAGCCAUGCCACAAUCACCAAAAUAUGAAGUAUGAAUGUCUUAGCUAUGGUGAGGCUCUGCCUCCUCCUCUCUGCCUAGCUCUUCAGAAGGCAGUGAACGGGUCACAGCUGGGACUCCGUCUUUGCUGGGGAGGGUCUCCCACCAAGGAAAUAGUUGCCACUCCGUGUAAAGAGUUCCCUCAUGCUUCCUCUGGGAACAACACUCUAGGGACCUUCUUAGAUGCCAUAAGGUACCUACUUACAAGACUAAAUGUACAAGCACCUUGAAGUGUGAGAACAUGUCCCCUCCUUAGCUCUCCCUGUCUUUGCUGUUGGUUGGUUAUUUCCUGUUUUGUGUCUGUUCUGAGCUGUGAGAUUCCACUGUGAAAUGUAUGAAUAAAGUAUGUAAUUCUUUC